AUUUGAUGGACUAUUUUUGACAUUUUCAAAAAAAUGUAUAAAUACUGAUGGUAUAGAAACGAAAAGUUUUUUUUUAAUUCAAACAAAAAAUAAUCCUAUCUAAACACUUCCACAUUUCUUUAAAUUACCUUUAAAUUCGGCUCUUUUGAUGGUUUCCUUUACAUCUAUUACAAGUGGUAUAAUCCUGAUUUCAGUUAUGAUAAUUGGGUCUUCAAAGGCUGCUCCCACUGCUCCCACUGCUCCCUAUAUUGCUCCCCAUACCAAUGCUACGUCUACUGCCUCUUUUACACUCCCCCCAAUUAUUAGCAGCCGUGUCAAGCCUGUCUCUAAUCCUGAUUUCGCAAUCAAUCUUAAUGCAGAAGCUCAGAAUAUUGCCAAAAACAAAAAAUGGUUCGAGGAACAUGGAGGUAGCUAUAAAAAUGUUACUAAGCGUGCUUCUGAAACAGUCGGUGGUAUGACUAUGGAUCUUCCUACAAACGCGCCUCCUGUAAAUGUUGUACCGAGUUCUACCGUAAUUACAGCAAGUGCUGCUCAGAUAGCCACUUUCAAAAAUUUUGCUGGUAUUGCCUCAACAGCCUACUGUCGUAGUGUAGUACCUCUUGGAAUCUGGUCUUGUAAAAACUGCUUGAAAUUUGCUCCUGACGGCAAACUUUUAGUUACUUUCAGUUCACUUCUUGCUGAUACCAAUGGGUUUGUUUUGAGAAGCGAUUCUCAAAAGACCAUCCAUCUUGUAUUUCGUGGAACAAAUUCUAUUCGUAGCUCAAUCACUGAUAUGGUUCUCAUUAAGAGAUCUUAUCCUCCAGUCAGUGGUGCAGAAGUUCAUACUGGGUUCUAUGCUUCUUUCCAGGAGGUCCUAAAAACUUAUUUUCCUGUUGUUCAAGAACAGUUGACUACAUAUCCGUCUUACAAGGUUGUGGUUUCAGGUCAUUCGCUUGGCGGUGCACAAGCAGUGCUCGCUGCUUUAGAUCUUUAUCAACGUGACAAACGAUUGACUGGAAAAAAUCUUAGUGUAUAUACGGUUGGUGGCCCACGAAUUGGCAAUCCUGCUUUUGCAUACUAUGUUAGCUCUACUGGAAUUCCUAUAACUCGCUCUGUUAAUGACAGAGAUAUUGUUCCUCACGUCCCCCCUCAAUCGUCCGGUUUCCUUCAUCCAGGCGUUGAAGCUUGGUCUCGCUCUUCCACAAAUACUUAUAUCUGUACUGAUAAUAUCGAAACCUCAGAGUGCUCCAAUUCUAUUGUACCGUUUACGAGUUUUACCGAUCAUUUGACAUACUAUGACAUCAAUGAAGGUCUAUGUCUUUAAAAAAAUUGCGAAUAAAAAAAUUGCCUAUUGAUUAGGCGUUUUUAAUCCUAAA